GGCGUCGGGUGCAAGGUCCCUUUAAGGCGACGGCGCCUUCCUCGGGUCAGACGACCGGCGGCGGCGGCGACCACGGGAGCAUGGCGGACACCGACUUGUUUAUGGAAUGUGAGGAGGAGGAGUUAGAACCAUGGCAGAAGAUCAGUGAUGUCAUCGAGGACUCUGUAGUUGAAGAUUAUAAUUCAGUGGAUAAAACUACUACAGUUUCUGUGAGCCAGCAGCCAGUCUCGGCUCCAGUGCCCAUCGCUGCCCAUGCUUCUGUGGCUGGGCACCUCUCUACAUCCACCACCGUUAGUAGCAGCGGGGCACAGAACAGCGACAGUGCCAAGAAGACUCUUGUUACACUAAUUGCCAACAACAAUGCUGGCAAUCCUUUGGUCCAGCAAGGUGGACAGCCGCUCAUACUGACCCAGAACCCGGCCCCGGGUCUGGGAACAAUGGUUACUCAACCAGUAUUGAGGCCUGUCCAGGUCAUGCAGAAUGCCAAUCAUGUGACUAGUUCCUCUGUGGCCUCACAACCAAUAUUCAUCACUACACAGGGAUUUCCCGUAAGGAAUGUCCGGCCUGUACAAAAUGCAAUGAAUCAGGUGGGGAUUGUGCUGAACGUACAGCAAGGCCAAACGGUUAGACCAAUUACUCUAGUCCCAGCCCCAGGUACCCAGUUUGUUAAGCCAACAGUUGGAGUCCCACAAGUGUUCUCUCAGAUGACCCCAGUGAGGCCAGGCUCCACAAUGCCUGUGCGACCUACCACCAAUACUUUCACCACCGUCAUCCCAGCCACUCUCACCAUUCGAAGCACCGUCCCACAGUCCCAAUCCCAGCAGACCAAGUCCACUCCCAGCACCUCCACCACUCCCACUGCCACACAGCCGACCUCAUUGGGGCAACUAGCUGUUCAGCCUCCAGGCCAGUCCAACCAGACCCCGAAUCCCAAGCUAGCUCCUUCCUUCCCCUCUCCACCUGCAGUGAGCAUUGCCAGCUUUGUUACUGUCAAGAGACCUGGGGUUACAGGUGAAAAUAGCAAUGAAGUAGCCAAACUGGUGAAUACACUUAACACCAUCCCUUCCCUGGGCCAGAGUCCUGGGCCAAUGGUGGUAUCCAACAGCAGCCCAGCUCAUGCCUCUCAAAGAACCAGUGGACCUGAGUCCUCAAUGAAAGUGACCUCUCCCAUUCCAGUGUUUGAUCUCCAAGAUGGUGGACGGAAAGCCUGUCCCCGGUGUAAAACUCAGUUCCGUAUUACUGAAGCGUUGAGAGGUCACAUGUGUUACUGUUGCCCAGAAAUGGUUGAAUACUUGAAGAAAGGAAAGUCUCUGGACUCAGAACCCAGUGUCCCAUCAGCAGCAAAGCCUCCAUCCCCUGAUAAAGCUGCUCCUGUUGCGUCUACACCAUCUUCUACUCCUAUUCCUACUCUGUCACCACCUACCAAAGCACCAGAGCCAAAUGAAAAUGUGGGUGAUGCGGUCCAGACCAAGCUCAUUAUGUUAGUUGAUGACUUCUACUAUGGACGGGAUAGUGGCAAAGUAGCCCAGCUCACAAAUUUCCCUAAGGUCGCCACAUCUUUCCGAUGCCCGCACUGUACCAAAAGGCUGAAAAACAACAUUCGAUUCAUGAACCAUAUGAAGCACCACGUAGAACUGGAUCAGCAGAAUGGUGAGGUGGAUGGGCACACCAUCUGCCAACACUGUUAUCGCCAGUUUUCUACGCCGUUCCAGCUUCAGUGCCACUUGGAAAACGUUCAUAGUCCCUAUGAAUCAACUACCAAGUGCAAGAUCUGUGAGUGGGCAUUUGAGAGUGAGCCACUAUUUCUCCAGCAUAUGAAGGAUACUCAUAAGCCUGGAGAGAUGCCUUAUGUUUGCCAGGUGUGUCAGUAUCGCUCCUCACUGUACUCUGAGGUUGAUGUGCAUUUUCGGAUGAUCCAUGAGGACACUCGGCAUCUGCUCUGCCCUUACUGCCUGAAGGUCUUCAAAAACGGCAAUGCAUUCCAGCAGCAUUACAUGAGACACCAGAAGAGGAAUGUUUACCACUGCAACAAAUGCCGGCUACAGUUUCUCUUCGCCAAGGACAAAAUCGAACACAAGCUUCAGCACCAUAAAACUUUUCGUAAACCCAAGCAGCUGGAGGGCUUGAAGCCGGGCACCAAGGUGACAAUACGGGCUUCCCGAGGGCAGCCACGCACCAUUCCUGUGUCUUCUAACGAUACACCUCCCAGCGCCUUGCAGGAGGCAGCGCCACUGACCUCCUCAACGGAUCCUCUGCCUGUCUUCCUUUAUCCCCCUGUCCAGCGCAACGUCCAAAAGAGAGCUGUUAGGAAAAUGAGUGCCAUGGGCCGGCAGACAUGUCUGGAAUGCAGCUUUGAGAUCCCGGAUUUUCCUAAUCACUUCCCUACUUAUGUACACUGCUCCCUCUGUCGCUAUAGCACCUGCUGCUCGCGAGCUUAUGCCAACCACAUGAUCAACAAUCAUGUUCCAAGGAAGAGCCCCAAGUAUUUGGCUUUGUUUAAAAAUUCUGUGAGCGGACUCAAGCUGGCCUGCACUUCGUGUACCUUUGUUACUUCGGUGGGAGAUGCCAUGGCCAAGCAUUUAGUGUUCAACCCCUCGCACAGGUCCAGCAACAUCCUGCCACGGGGACUCACUUGGAUAGCUCACUCAAGGCAAAGCCAGGCCCGUGACCGAGUCCAUGACCGGAACUUGAAGAAUAUGUACCUGCCCUCUUCCACCCCACCCAACAAAGCUGCCACUGUGAAACCUGCAGAGACCACCCCAGCUGAAGCUGAGCCUGAAGAGCUCCCAGCUCCUGUGGCCCCGGCACUCCCGUCCCCAGCCUCAACUGCAACGGCACCUCCCACCCCGACUGAGCCCCAGCCUUUAGCCCUUCCACCACUGGCUGCAGAGGAGCCCGGUUGUCUGAAUGUUGAUGACCAGGAUGAGCGGAGCCCAGUCACCCAGGAAGCUGAGCCAGCAUCAGGUGGGGGUAGUGGCAGUGGAGUUGGCAAGAAGGAGCAGCUGUCUGUAAAGAAGCUUCGAGUUGUACUGUUUGCCCUAUGCUGCAAUACAGAGCAGGCAGCUGAGCACUUCCGAAACCCCCCGCGACGGAUUCGGCGUUGGCUUCGGCGCUUCCAGGCCUCCCAGGGGGAGAAUCUAGAAGGCAAAUACUUGAGCUUGGAGGCAGAAGAGAAACUGGCUGAGUGGGUGCUGACCCAGCGUGAGCAACAGCUACCUGUAAACGAAGAGACCUUGUUUCAGAAGGCCACCAAAAUCGGACGUUCUUUGGAGGGGGGCUUUAAGAUCUCUUACGAGUGGGCUGUGCGUUUCAUGCUCCGGCACCACUUAACUCCCCAUGCCCGGCGAGCGGUGGCCCACACCCUCCCCAAGGAUGUGGCAGAGAAUGCAGGACUCUUCAUUGAAUUUGUGCAACGGCAGAUUCACAACCAGGACCUAGCCUUGUCAAUGAUUGUGGCUAUUGAUGAGAUCUCCCUAUUCCUGGAUACAGAAGUGCUGAGCAGUGAUGACCGCAAGGAGAAUGCCCUGCAGACUGUGGGCACAGGGGAGCCCUGGUGUGAUGUGGUGCUGGCCAUUCUGGCAGAUGGCGCUGUCCUCCCUACCCUGGUUUUCUACAGGGGGCAGCUAGAUCAGCCUGCUAACCUGCCCGACUCUAUAUUGCUAGAGGCAAAGGAAAGCGGCUACAGUGAUGACGAGAUCAUGGAGCUCUGGUCAGCCCGGGUGUGGCAGAAGCACACCGCCUGCCAGCGCAGCAAAGGCAUGCUUGUGAUGGACUGUCAUCGCACUCACUUGUCAGAAGAGGUCCUUGGGAUGCUGAGUGCCUCUAGCACAUUGCCUGCAGUCGUCCCAGCAGGCUGUAGCUCCAAAAUCCAGCCACUAGACGUCUGUAUCAAACGAACUGUCAAGAACUUCCUACACAAAAAGUGGAAGGAGCAAGCUCGGGAAAUGGCAGAUACUGCAUGUGAUUCUGAUGUCCUGCUCCAGCUGCUGCUGCUCUGGCUGGGCGAGGUGCUGGGCGUCAUUGGGGACUGCCCGGAGCUAGUUCAGCGUUCCUUCCUGGUGGCCAGUGUUCUACCUGGCCCCGAUGGCAACAUUAACUCACCCACCAGAAAUGCUGACAUGCAAGAGGAGCUCAUUGCCUCCCUAGAAGAGCAACUGAAGCUGAGUGGGGAGCAGUCUGAGGAGCUCUUGGCAUCCACUCCUGGCCCGAGAUCAUCCCCUGCAGAGACGAUCGAGCCUGAAAGCCUUCACCAGCUCUUUGAGGGUGAAAGCGAAACCGAGUCUUUCUAUGGCUUUGAAGAAGCUGACCUAGAUGUCAUGGAGAUUUGAGUGUUGUGCCCUCACCCGGGUGCAGUUGGGUUGGAAAGUGUGAGGGAGGGUAGAGAGACAUAGGGAGAGGGGGUUUGCGAGGUGUUUGGUAUUUGAUUUAUAUUUUAAAUAUAUGCCGCCGCCACCCCUGAUAUUGACUUAAACGCUUCCCUGUGGAUUUGUGGAUUAUUAGAAAAACCAAUAGUGAUCACGUCUGAGCCGAGGAACUGGCCCAUUUUUGUGACUUUUUAAAAAAAAAUAAAAUCAAAUCACUGUGUUUGGUAUUUUUCUGACAAAAUCAAGAAAAAGGAAAAAAAAAUCCUUCGUGGGUGAAUGUUAAAGUUUGAGUUUCCCCUAUUACCUCAAUUGUAUCAUAGUACUUCUGGGUUUUGUUUGUUUGUUUCAUUGUGUGACCAAUGUCUUUGGGCAUGACUCUAACCAUUGUCAGUGUGAGAACAUUUCUGAAGAUGGGAAAGAUAAAUAAUGUAGCUCACAAACUGGUUUAUUAUAUAUAUGGGUAAAAAACUUUUUUCAUUGUGGUCUUAAUGCUUUUAUAUAAAAAUGAAAUUGGAAAAAAAAAUCCCACCGAACUCUCUUUUCCUUCUCCUUUUCUUUCCUCCUUCCCUCUCCAGAGAUUUCUACAACUCUAAAUAUAAAAUUGUGGCUUUAAAGAUGCAUGAAACCACCUUUAUAAUCAUCCAGAAUGACGAACAGAUGUGUCUUUCCUCACCACCCUCCUCCCUCCAACACAACGCAGUCCUUGUCCCCUUACCCCGUUCUUACACCGUCACUCUGGACACAGGAUCAUAACCGUGUCUGGAACAAGAAGGAAGUACUGAGGUGCUCACGAGUGUUAGGUGGAAGCCAUCCCCAAUUAAUGAGUCUUCGUCCUGCAAGCUCCCAGAGCUAAUCCCUGCUGUGUUGGACCUCAUCCUGUUCAGUGGACAGCAUGCCUGCACAGGAGCUCAUUGUGCAAGAGGCUCAGUGUUGAACUUUCAAGACAAGCUCCUUGUUAAGAGUCCUGCUAUUACUUUGUGGCUUUCUUGUAUUUCUUAGAGCUUAGAGGAGACUCUGACACGAAGAAACUCCCAGGGAGGGGGGGUGGUGUGCAUAGACAUGAAUCUUUAUUUUUCACUGCCAGCUUCAAGGAAAAAUCUUUUUCUACAAUUUGCAUGUGAGGGACCUUUUUUCAUUGUAUGUACUUAUGGCUAUAUACUGAAGUGUACUGUAAUAUAAAGGAGAACAUCAAGUGCACCUCUCCCCUAUGGCUGCACCACUCCUCUGUCCGUCCGGAGGCUUUCCGCGUUUCCUCCUGUGAGCCGGGGGGACAACCUGCACAGGCUUGUAAAUGGUUCGUCUUUAAAAUGUACAUAAGUGGAACAUUUAAUAAAAUGAGGAGAAAUGGAUUUAUAAACUGUUGUUUUUUUCUAGGUGACCCUGGAUAAUAGGCUCUCACAGACUGGGAGAUGUUUCAAGAUGUGAUAGGCCUAGGGGUACAGAGGUGACAUUUGUUGCCACUUUUUUUUUUUUAAACUCUCAGCACACUAUAAUAUAGUGAACUGGAGUGAUUCCUCCUAGACACAGCUGGGCCAGCUCUGUGAAUCCAGGGCAUCUUUCAACAACUGAGGAUCAGUCUGGGCUUUCUGCCGGAUGCCAUUUAAUUGACAGAAUUGGACUUUCAAGUCAACCUGUGGCCCUUGAGCAAGUUCAAGAACUAUUCAUUGGUCAACUCCACCAAUAAGGACCUAAUCACGUUGGUAGUCUUCACAGCAGCCACAGCCUUAGCAGAGCUAAGGCCUCUGCACACUGACUUUCUUGACAGGCAGGGUUUUUUCAAGACCGUAAUGCCAACAGUGAAGCCACUGGGUUUGGGCCAGGAAGUUACCUUUGUGGACUCUGCCUGCAUGGCUUAGUAGUAGAAGGAAGUUUUGGUUUGGUUUUGUUUUUUUAAAAAAUAAUUCAGUUUAAUCAAUAAACCAAGUAUUUAUUGACUA